AUGUCAGCGCACGUCAUUUUGGACACUUUUGAGCCGGGACCCGCCCACACUGGAGCGUUCAGUCUUACUCUGAUUUGGUUAAAACAAACAGAACACGCCUCCUUUAUCCUGCCAACACCUCCUCACAAACAGAAGCCUCCUUCAUCCUGCCAACACCUCCUCACAAACAGACGCCUCCUUUAUCCUGCCAGCACCUCCUCACAAACAGAAGCCUCCUUUAUCCUGCCAACACCUCCUCACAAACAGAAGCCUCCUUUAUCCUGCCAGCACCUCCUCACAAACAGAAGCCUCCUUUAUCCUGCCAACACCUCCUCACAAACAGAAGCCUCCUUUAUCCUGCCAGCACCUCCUCACAAACAGAAGCCUCCUUUAUCCUGCCAACACCUCCUCACAAACAGAAGCCUCCUUUAUCCUGCCAACACCUCCUCACAAACAGAAGCCUCCUUUAUCCUGCCAACACCUCCUCACAAACAGAAGCCUCCUUUAUCCUGCCAACACCUCCUCACAAACAGAAGCCUCCUUUAUCCUGCCAACACCUCCUCACAAACAGAAGCCUCCUUUAUCCUGCCAACACCUCCUCACAAACAGACGCCUCCUUUAUCCUGCCAGCACCUCCUCACAAACAGAAGCCUCCUUUAUCCUGCCAACACCUCCUCACAAACAGACGCCUCCUUUAUCCUGCCAACACCUCCUCACAAACAGACGCCUCCUUUAUCCUGCCAACACCUCCUCACAAACAGAAGCAUCACCCAUGUAGAGUUUUCGGGUCAGUGCUUUUGUCCUGUGACCUACUUAUGA